AAAAUCGAUCAAAAAAGCGAUCGCACUGAUUAACAAGAUGGCUUAUAUUGAGGAUGACUUGGAGAGACUACAUACAAAACUACGCAUUAAAGAGAUUCUUUUUUGCAAGGCGCAUGAGCUUUCACAACUGCUGGAAUGCAGUGUAUUUGUGAAAGUGGUUGAACCAAGCUCUGCAGCUGAAUACUAUGGCACUAGGGAUCUAAAAUUGCUGUAUCAGAACAGUGGAUUGAAAUAUCACCAUGGAGAUGUUGAAGUGCAGAUCCCAAGAAAUGUUGCUCCGAAUCAGUGCGAAGAGAGACUUGACGAAUUUAGCUCAGAGAGCACUCCUCAGCGGACAAAGUGUUUUGUAGAAGGAGACAAUAUUCAGACUGAGCACGAGAAUGAGUUUUGUAAUGAUAAUCAAACUGUCAGCAGUGAUGAUGAUGGUGAUGAUGCCUUCGAAAUUUUAGAAAGUGAUGAACAAGUUACAGCUCAGGAGAAAAAAAAUGAAAGACACACUGAUGAUAUGGUGUCAUGUACAGAGAAGGCUGUUGAUGCUACCUCAGAGGGUAGUCAUGAUGAUGGUGCUGACAGAAAUCGUAUUGGUGCUUUUGUCGAAGAAACCAUUGAUAUGUUGCAGGCAGAAGAUGGGGGAGAUAGUCAGAAUGUAGCUGUAAAGAUUGAAGAUAAGGUUGUUUUUGAGAAUACACGUGAUGAGGGAAUGGGACUUGUGAAAGAAGAAAAUCCAGAUCAAGAAGCUGUGUCUGAGUCUGUUAGCGAUAGUGUAACAAAUACGCAAAGUAAUUUUGAUGAUGGUGAUGUUGCUUUCUUGAAUAACAAGAAUAAGAAGUCUGUUACAGGUGGUGGGAGUACCAGCAUCAGUAGUAGAACACGUUCAAAAAUUACUUAUAACUGCGAGGACUGUAACUCAAGUUUUACCACUUCAAGACACCUUUCAGCACACCUCAAGCGAGCUCACAAUUCUAAAGAAUAUUCCUGCACAGACUGCAAUCGAAAAUUAAAAUGCAAGAACGCAUAUAUUCGUCAUAUGAAAAAUGCACACAGUAAAACGCAGAGCCUAUUCUCUUGUUCAUUUUGUCAGAAGACCUUCAUGUUUAAGUCUAUUUUGAAUGCUCAUGAAAAGUGUCACACAAAACCUUUCCUAUGUGAUAUAUGUGGGAAGAGUUUUUCCUCUCGUAAUAAUUUGAAAACUCAUAAAAUUUCUAAUCUGAAUUGUGGUGGUUCUGAUGAGUUGCCAACCAAGUGCAGCAUAUGUGAAGUACAGUUUCAGUCUGUUAUUAGUCUUCAAAGUCAUAUACGAAGCGAUCAUGGAGGUAACCGGUUCCAGUGUAAAACCUGUGGGAAAGGAUUUCGUUACAAGAGUAAUCUGGUGAGCCAUCUUUUAGUCCAUUCAGGUGAGAAACCCUAUAAAUGUGACUUUUGUGAUAACACGUAUCAGAGUCUGACUCAUUGCAAGAAUCAUGCUAUCAAACACCAUGGACAACCUGGGACAAUCGCCAAACCAUCGGGCAAACGAAAGAAGCCUCAAACUCACAAGUGUGAUGUGUGUAAUAGAGGUUUCUGUACUAAAUCAAACCUGGAAGUUCACAAAAAGACCCACCUUGAAAAGUUGCCAUACACCUGUGACAUCUGUAAACGAGGCUUCCUACUGCUGCGUAAUUUGAAUGAACACAUGAUAUCACACGGCAAGGGUGCUGGAUGUCAGUGCGAUGUCUGUGGGUUAUUUUUCAGGAACAGUGCAGCGUUGGGUACUCACAAGCGUACCCACACCACUGACGAUCCGACAUCUUCUAUGUUUGAUGACAGAGGAAGCACAGUUCAUUUGGAUGAACGUUUUAAGUGUAAUAUCUGCGACAAGGUUUUCCGUCUUAAAUGUGGUGUGAAGAAUCACCUACUAGUUCACUCUGGCGAUAAACCAUAUAAAUGCUCAUUCUGUGAUAAAGCAUACCAGAGUUACACUAACUGUCAUCAGCAUGAAAUAAGAUACCAUGGAAAGCCUGGCGUGAUUCCCAAUAACAAUGAGAGGAAAAAAUUGUCAAAAACUCACACAUGUGACGAGUGCGAUAGGGGUUUCUGUAGUGAGGCUAAUCUUGAACUCCACAAAAAAUCGCACCUUGAACAGUUGCCUUUCUCGUGUCACAUCUGCAAACGUGGUUUUAUUCUGCAGCAUAACUUGAAUGAACACAUGAAAAAGCAUGAUGAGAAAAGUCAAAUUCAGUGCGAUACAUGUGGGAAGUUAUUUAUUAAUUUCUCUGCGCUCAUUGCUCACCAGUUAACCCACAAAGGUAAUGAGCCACAGAAGUGUGAACUAUGUGCCAAAGAGUUUAGUUCUCUGAAUGCAUUGAAGAUUCAUACAGCAGUAAUCCAUACCAACGUAGGUAUUAAACCCCCUAGACGUAAACCUGUGAGAAAACCUAAACUUGACGCUGAUGGUAACGUGAUACAAAAGAAAGUUCCAAUCCUACUGAAAUGUGAGCUCUGUACCAAGUCCUUCAAGACUGAGACCCAGAUGGGUAUCCACCUGGCUAGGCAUAAAGGACUUCUUCCAUUUGAGUGUGGUGAAUGUGGAAAAUCCUUCAAGUAUGUCAAUGGGUUGAAAGUUCACAAAUUGAAACAUACUGGCGAAAAGCCAUACAAAUGUGAGGAGUGUGGUGCAGCUUAUCAAGGUAUGACACACUUGAAACUCCACAAAAAGAAGUUUCAUGGGGUCGACUCCAAAGGUUCCGUAAUUACAAAAGUGCGGAAGAAAAUGCCUAAGGAUUACAAGUGUGAUUUGUGCGGAAAGGCUUACUCCACAGUGCAAAGUUUAGAAAAGCAUCAACUGUGGCACAGUGGCAACUUUCCUUUCUCUUGCCAGGAGUGUGGAAGGGGAUUUCUCCUGGAAUACAAUUACAAGGAACACUUGAAAAUACAUCGAGGUGAACUGAAUCAAAAAUGUUCUAAAUGUGAUAAAGCUUUCUGUAACUUCAGUGCACUGGAAGCUCACACCCGUUCGGCUCACGAAGAGAAGAGCACGUACUUCUGUGAGCACUGUGGGAAAACAUUCCAUCAACUCACCAGAUUAAAAUUGCAUAUUACUUUUGCACAUACUAAAAACAAAGAGAUAAAAUUGUUGCGAUUAGCAACUGCGAAGGCCAGAAAAGCCCAAAGAAUUGCAGAGGGCCACAUCAUCACAAAACCCAAAACUAAAAGGGUACGAAAACCUAAAAAGUCUCCUAAAAAAAAUAAAGUUGAUGUAAUAACAGAAGUUGAAUCUUGGGUUGUUGCAGAAGAUAAUCCUGACAUCGAGUGUGCGGUGCAAGAAAUACAGGAGAUAGUUACUGUACCCACCACAACUGAGAUAGUGUUGGCAACAUCCAAUAUUGAGACUUGUUUAGUUCCGGAAACAACUGUGCAAAUAUAA